CCUCGCUACUCCAUCAAAGAAAACGCUCUCGGGGACCUGGUGUCUGGAGUCAGUGUCGGGAUCAUACAGCUGCCACAGGGUAUGGCCAACGCCAUGUUGGCGGGAGUUCCUCCAGCGUUUGGUCUCUACAGCUCUCUCUAUCCUCUGAUCAUCUACUUCAUCUUUGGCACCUCCAGACACCUCUCCAUUGGUACUUUUGCCAUCCUGGCCAUCAUGAUUGGGUCUGUGACAGCCAACGUGGAGUUGCUCAGCAAUGGUGAUGAAGAGAGUCAGAUUGAUGUUGAAGCGGCCAAAGUGAACGUUGCUGUACAACUCACCUUCCUGUGUGGCCUCAUACAGCUCCUGAUAUACCUGCUGCGUGGAGGCGGUGUGUGUCGCUGGCUGUCUGAUCCUGUAAUCAGAGGCUACACCACGGCAGCAGGUCUGCAUGUGAUAGUUCUGCAGCUGCCACUGAUGACUGGAAUACCUGCACAGAGACACUCCGGACUGAUACCUUCAGCUUGGACAUUAAAUGAUGUUCUGCAUGGAGUGACCAGUGCUGUACCAGGAGCCCUGUCAGUCUCCGUGGUCUCCAUGGUGAUUCUCAUUGGAGGCAAAAUGCUGAAUGAGCGCUUUAAGAACAAGCUGCCUGUCGCCAUACCAUGGGAACUUAUAUUGAUUGUCCUGGGCACCAUCCUGUCGGUGCAGAUGGAUCUGGUUGGACAGCACAAAGUCCAGGUGGUGGGACACAUACCCAGUGGCUUGUCUUCCCCAGUCAUUCCCUCUCUCUCUCAGACCAGAGAGCUGUUCAUUCCAGCUCUGUCUGUGGCUCUGGUCGGCUUCAGUUUCCUUUCAGCCAUGGGCUCAGUGUUUGCCCACAAACAUGGCUACCACGUGGACAGCAGUCAGGACCUGCUGGCUCUGGGUCUGUGUAACACCAUAGGAGGAAUGUUCCAGUGCUUCGCAGUCAGCUGCUCCUUCUCACGCAGUAUGGUCCAGGAUGGCAUUGGUGUUAAAUCACAGAUGGCCGGUUUGGUAUCAGCCCUGUUGAUUUUAACCAUCCUGUUAAAGAUCGGUCACCUCUUUGAACAGCUGCCAAAGGCGGUGUUGGCAGUGAUCAUCGUGGUGAACCUGCAUGGGUUAAUCGCUCAGUUCAAAGAUUUAUGUGUGCUCUGGAAGUCUGACAGAUUAGACAUGCUGGUCUGGGUAGCCUCGUUGAUCUCCACGCUGGUCUUUAACCUGGACCUGGGUCUGGCUGUGGCGGUCAUCUUCUCUCUGCUCACACUCAUCUACAGGACACAACACUCCUCCACUGUUGUUUUGGGUCGUAUUCCUGGUACAGACUGUUACAGAGAUGUGGGACUCUACACUGAGGCAAAGCCAGUUCCCGGUGUGACUAUACUCUCCUAUUCCUGUCCUAUUUACUUUGCAAACUCUGAACUGGUUUUCACACAGAUCAGACAGACAGUGAGUCUUGAUAAGAAGGAGAACCCAGCUGGAGUCCACACCUCUUCUUCUUCUCCCUCCUCCUCCUCCUCAGGCCAGACAUGGACACACACUCAUUGCUUGGUUCUGGAUCUCAGCUCAGUCACCUUCAUGGACUCUGUGGCCAUGCUGGCACUCUGCAAGGUUUCGGAAGACUUGGAAGUCCAAGGUGUCAGCGUGUUUCUGGCAGCGUGCCCAGAGAGAAUUUUAUCUCAGCUCCAGACUCAGAGUUGUAAAACAGACAGCCUGCCCGCCUCCUGUGUCUUCCCGUCGGUCCAUCAUGCCGUCCAGCGCUGCCUCAGCAUCCUGCCAAGACCUCUGGAGGAAAUCCCAGAUGCAAGUGAAUGUUGAACCUACACGACUGCUGCUUCUACAUGACAGUUAAGUCAUCUCAGUGCAUCAACAGGGCAGAGAGAAGAAUCCUUGGGUGAUAGUUAAGGCUUUAA